GCGCUCCAGAGAGCUGCCAUGGACUCUCUGCUUCUCCCUGAGGCUCCGGGUCUGGAUGACGAGCCCGAGGUGACACUGCAACCCAAGAGGAAGAUGUCUCUGUGCAGUUGUGAGACCUGUGGAAGCGAAGAGGCAAAGUAUAAAUGCCCCCGAUGUAUGAAGUACUCAUGCAGUUUACCCUGUGUAAAGAAGCACAAAGUGGACUCUGAAUGCAACGGAGUCCGAGACAAGACGGCUUUUGUGCCCCUAAAUAAAUUCAGUGACAUAGACCUGCUGAGCGAUUAUCGUUUUCUGGAAGAUGCCGGAAGGGUGUCGGAUCGCUCCUCAAGAGAUUCAACUUUACCUCGAAACACAACUAAUAAAUAUUUGAACUUCUUAAAGAACCGAGCUCGGAAACAUGACAUAGAUCUGAAAAUUUUUCCUAUUGGAUUUUCAAAAAGAAGAGCAAAUUCUACAUUUUAUAACAAAAAGUAAGUUUUUGUUUUGCA